AUGACCACUACUAUUUCUUUCCCUUUCCCUUUCCUCAUCCUCUUCUUUCUCCUUUCCAACAAUGCUUUCCUGCAACAACCUCUUGCCGCCCCUUCUACUUCUCCUCAUCAAUUUGCACGCUUCGACCUGAUCCAUCGCCAUUCACCCUUGCUCACCCAACGCCAUGACAAAUCUCUCCACCCUCCAGAGACUCCGCUUGAACGAUUUAAGGAGCUUGUUCACAGUGACAUUUCCAGGCAGCAAAGGGUCUCCCACAGGCCUAGCCAGAGAAGGAAAACUGCCCAGGAACCCACAGAUAACUCAACCUCCAUUAACUAUCCUCUGCGCUCCGCUGCAGAAAUCGGAGUUGGUCAGUUUUUCGUGACGAUUGAUGUCGGUACUCCUCCGAAGAGAUUCGCCCUUAUAGCUGACACAGGCAGCGAUUUGACAUGGAUAAACUGCAAGUCGAGCAAAUGUAGUACCUGUAAAAAGGGCUUCAAAUUCCCUCCUCUGAAAUUAUUCCUGCCUGAUAAAUCAUCAACUUUUGAGAGCAUUCCCUGCGGUUCGCCUAAAUGCAAAAAGGACUUCUCGAUUUUGUUUUCCUUAAACAUCUGUCCUACUCCCCUUUCGCCCUGCAAUUACCAGUACAAUUACAUUGAUGAUUCAGUGGCCUAUGGGUACUUUGCCAAUGAAGUUGUCGCAUUCGGGACGGAUGCCCAGAACAAUGCGAAGACGCACAAAAUGCUGGUCGGUUGCACAGAGUCAUCGGUGGGCAUUAAAGGUUUAGAUGGAGUACUUGGACUAGGAUACAGCAACUAUUCUUUUGCAAUGACGGCAGCAAGAAUGUACAAUAACAAGUUCUCAUAUUGCCUGGUUGAUCAUUUGAGUCCGAGCACCAAAGUUGGCUAUCUUCAUUUCGGAGAAAAUUCCCAAAAAUCGACGAAAAUGCAAUACACAGAGCUACUCCUGAGAACUCAGGAUCAAUUCUAUGCAGUGAAUGUGAGCGGAAUCUCGGUGGGAGGCCAACAACUGGACAUCAACCCUGCAAUUUUCGAUGCAACGGGCGAUGGAGGGGUGCUUCUUGACACGGGUUCUACAUUAACAUCCAUGGCAUUGCCAGCAUACAAGCCUUUGAUGGAGGCUCUCACAGCCCCUCUGAAGAAAUUCAAGAGGGUGAAUUUAGAUGUGUCGACUUUGGAGUUUUGUUUCAGCUCUGUGGGAUUUGACGAGAGCAUUGUGCCACCACUUGUGUGGCAUUUCGCCGAUGGGGCUGAAUUUGUGCCACCGAAGAAAAGUUACAUUAUUGAUGCAGCUAAAGGGGUUAAGUGUGUGGGACUUUAUUCUACUCGUUAUCCAGGGGCCUCUAUAAUUGGUAGCAUUAUGCAGCAAAACCAUUUGUGGGAGUUUGACCUUGAAAAUCGCAAGGUGGGGUUUGGCCUCUCACCCUGCGUUUGA